AUGUCAAAACGAUCCAGUGCCGCCUCGACGGGCGAGAACGGCGUGACCUCGAGAGAGUCGCCGCCGGCAAACCAACCAGCCAUUGACAAGCAAAAGAUGCUUCUUUCUGCAGACGUGGGCCAUUUCUCGCUGGUACGGGCCAUGCACCUCGCAGAUCUCAUUACUCUUAUGAACGGCUUCUGCGGUGUCAUGUCGAUAUUCUCGUCCCUACACUCGUGCCUUGACGGCGCCAAUCGAGAGAGCCAUUUGGGCUGGGCGCUGGCGUUUUUGCCAUUUGGCCUGUUCUUCGACUUCCUCGACGGCAAGGUUGCCCGGUGGAGGAAGAAGAGCAGCCUCAUGGGCCAGGAGCUGGAUUCCCUUGCCGACUUGAUCUCGUUUGGUGUUGCCCCCGCCAUGGUGGCCUUUUCACUUGGCCUUCGAACUACUGCCGAUACCGUCGGUCUCACCUUUUUCGUCCUGUGCGGCCUGACCAGACUGGCCCGCUUCAACGUUACCGUUGCGGUUUUGCCCAAGGACGCCAGCGGCAAGAGCAAAUAUUUCGAGGGCACCCCCAUUCCGACGUCGCUGGGCUUGGAUGCCCUCAUGGGUUACUGGCUGAAGCAGGGCUGGAUCUUGGACAAUAUCCCCUUUGGCACCUUGUUCGAGGGCACUCCGCUUGAGUUCCACCCCGCCGUGCUUUUGUUCAUGAUCCACGGCUGCAUGAUGACCAGCAAGACGAUUCGCAUUCCAAAGCCCUAA